AUGCUGAGCCCCGUUGGCUUAUCUUUACAUCCAUCCUGUCAUAAUGCCAUUUCUUGGUCCCCGGAGGGCGAGCUUGCCAUCGCCGCGGGCGAAUACUUUCAAAUCCUUACACCGAAAAACGGGAAAGGUGAUGAUUCCGCUCCCAAUUCAACUCAAGAUUGGCGGAUAACUCGUGUUCGGGCGAAUCAAUUUACGAAUUCUGAAUGGCCAGUCUACCUCCCGGGAAAGCGAGAUGACUUUUCGAUCGCUGCGGACCUUUCAGAAGGCAAUGUGAUCGGUAUAUCCUGGUCACCGGCAGGACUAGGCAAAUAUCGGCGCAGUGUGCUAGCCGUGUUAACGUCGAAUUUGGUGCUGUCAAUUUGGGAGCCCGUGGGAUCCAAGGACCAAUGGACCAGAGUCUCUGUCGUGAAUCAUGAGCUUCGGGCACAUCUGCAGCCACCCCAAGAUCCAGAUGGUCACAUAUAUCGUAAGGCCAACAUUCGAUCUUUCGCCUGGUGCGAGUCUCUGAAGCCUUCGGUGCCCAGCGACGGGUCUUCCUUCCUGCAUUCACACGAAAGUCGCUGGGGAAUCCCGUUGCUGACGGUGGUUAACGAUUGCAAUCAAGUCACCCUGUUGCGAGUUCGCAGGUCGGACCCAAUGAACAGCGCUUCCGGGCUUUACGAUUUUCAGAUCAUGGCGCAACACUCCCUGAAGCACCAGGAAACGAGAAACAUAUCACUCUGCUCUGGGUCCCUCUUGGAGAAAGUGAUCAAUGAAGGACAACGUACUACUGCACUUUCCUGUGGCCCGUGGCAAUCCUUACCCGCGAGUAGUCCAGGAGACUUUGGCCGCGCAGUCGCCAUGGUAGCUGCUGUAUGCGGAAGGAAUCUGGAAUUAAUGAUGGUCGAAGUCAAUAUUGGAAGCUCGCCUGGGGAAACCUCGGAAAAUUACACGCUGGCCACAGACCUUACGGGGCGAUCUUCGAAUUAUUUGAAGGAGAAAUGCUCAUAUCACAAUAUCACUGGUCCUCUUCAGUGGAUUUAUGAUAAAUCAUCCACAACCAUUGAUUUGGCAGUGGGCGUCAUGGCAGGUUUCAUCGUCAUAUCCAUGUCGCAUGCUACCUAUCAUGGCGGCAAUGCAGAUUUCGAUGCGUUUGAACUCCGUCAUUGGCCGCUGUAUGAACCGGAAACAGAGGAGAACCGAAGUCACCAGCAACGGCAUCUGGAACCCAUUUCAGCAAUGCUCACUUCAACAGAUAGUCGGGAUGGCACAUGCAAGUUCCACCUAGGAACACUUGGUGGUCUUGGUUUGAUGGCAGAACUUCACCAACUCCAAAGUGGCAAUGCCCUUCGACGGCCAAAAUGGAAGCUCAUAACUGAAGAAUACCAGGAGGAUUAUGACUUGGAGAAUGAUCUGGGCGAAAUGUCUGUCUCGAGGAUCUGGGGUUUAGCUGCUUAUCGCAACGUAACUGCCGCUAUAUUCACGUCACACCCUACAGAUAUUAUCGAGUAUCGCAUCACAUCUGACGACAGGUCAUUGUUGGUUUUUUCUGAGGAGGGCGAACAUACCACAGAUCCCCAAGCCUUAUUCGCGCCGCAGACACCCGAUUGUCAGACUGCCAACUGGAACCAGACACGCGAAUUGAUACGUUUUGUGUUACCUGGUGAUGGCGACGAUAUUGGAACCGACAUGGAGAGCCAGCGGCUCGUUUAUGCCGUUGCUUGUCGAGCCAUUGUGGGCGAAGAGGAUAAGUCUCUUCGAGCCCACGUCCAACAUGCUCUGGAACAUCUGGCACUAGUGACGGGUGCAGAUCUGAGCGAGGAAAUAUCCAAAUGCAAAGAUCGCCCUAGCCCGGUGCCUGCGAAAUCUGAGGACCAACUGAAUGGCAAAGGAGGUCAUAUCUACGAGAGAUGCGAAGUUUGCGAUGCGGCAAUUGGCUGGCCAUCAAUCGAAUUUGCACAGUGUGGAAACGGACACCGAUGGGUGCGAUGUGGGCUCUCCUUCCUCGCCAUCCAACAACCAGGGGUCUCCAAGUAUUGCUCUCUCUGUCGCAUGGAGGCCCUCGAUGAAGAACGUGUGGCUUGUGUGAGUGGCGGGAAGCAGGGUCGAACGUUCAAUGCUCUAUUUGAGACGUUCGAUGUUUGCUCACACUGCGCUGCCAAAUUCCAAGCUAGCUACUAA